UUGUUUUGAAUUAUAACCUAAAAGCUGUAACUCAAAAUAAUAUUGUUCAAAUUUUCAAUUGCGUUUGAUUGUUUAGUACAAAAUUUUAUUAUUAUUGUGUAGUCCAAUAGUGUAUCUUCACUAGUUAUUGAAUUUCAUAGUUAUUUAAUUUUCAAAUGGAAUAAAGAAGAAGCCAAAGUUGUCAACUAAAGUGUAAGAAACUUCAGAAUCUAACUUUUGAAAAAUGGAAGAAGAGGAAAACGACACUAAAGCACAAUAUGUGAAAUUGGUAUGGAAGGAUCCAAAUCCUCUUUUUGUGAAGUGGAUAAGCGAAUGGUUGGAAGAAGCCAAAAAGAGAAAUAUGCAGCUUCAUUGGAACUUGGAAAAGGCUCUGGAGUCGUUGAAAAAAUUUCCAAUACCGUUGAAAUCUGGCAAGGACUGUCUGAUACUUGAGCACUUUGGAAAAGGACUUUGCAACAAACUAGAUAGUGAACUAGCCAAAUACAAAGCUAAAAUACAAGCUAAAGAAGAAGCUAUUCCAGGACCAUCGAAUGGUGUUCCAGGCCCUGUGAAUGCCAUUCCAGGGCCAUCAAAAGUUAUUCCAGGGCCAUCAAAUGAUGUUCCAAGGCCUGUGAAUGCUAUUCCAGGGCCAUCGAAUGUUAAUCAAGGACCAUUGAAAGAUCUUCCAAGGCCUGUGUUUGCUAUUGCAGGCCCUUCGAAUGUCAAACCUGGUCAACCAAAGCUACUCAAUAAAUCAGUUCGAAUAAAUUGUGUACCAGAGCAAAAUGAUGAUAAUCAGAGACCUAAAACGUUCACCCAAAUCGGCCUGCUAGGCCCCAACAAUCAAACUGACAAACCUUGUAUAUCAACUUUCGAUACAAAUGCAAACGAACCCAUUGAUUAUAUGAAAAAAUACUUGCAAGUGCAAAAAGAAAUCCAGAGAGCUCUAGAAGAUUCCAGUCCUGAAAAUCUUUUGAAAAUUGAAAAACCAAGCCCGACAAAACGAUUGGAGAAUGGGACACUAAUUCCGACAAAUAAAUUAUUUGUAGAUGACAAACCAUUACCGAAAGUGACAAUUGUAGAAGACAAUACAGGUCCGAAAAGAAUAGUUUAUUUAGAAUGGAGACCAAGUCCUAAAAAGAUAUUUGUAGAUGACAAACCAAGUCCAAAAAAGAUAUUUGUAGAUGACAAACCAAGUCCAAAAAAGCAGUUUGAAGUUAACAACCCAGGCAAAUCGAGAGCGGAACCUGCAAGAAGUCCUGCUAAAAGAAAAUUCAAUGAGGAAAGCCCAGGGAAAAAAAAACAAAAACGACGGAUUAGUCCUAUUCCAAUGGAAGAUGAGAAUUAUGAUGCACCUCUGUCACAAUUAUCGUCGGCUGGAAGCAGCAGUCAGACUCAAACUCAAGAAGAGGCAUUCAUAUUUGUACCGGGCGAUGUCAGAAUUAAACUGCUUGUUGACACCGCUGAAACAUCUGGGAACAUGGGUAAGCGAUCGCGAGGUGUAGCGGAGGCGACUGCCUACUUGACGGAACUGGGCGUUCCUUUCGAGGUGCGACAUCUGCCAGUCGGUGACUUUGUGUGGGUCCUGCAGGAUGGCGUCUCCAGAGAAUUGCUCCUGCCCUACAUUGUGGAGAGGAAGCGCGCUGAUGACCUGGCCAAGAGUAUCAAGGAUGGCAGGUUCAGGGAGCAGAAGUUUCGACUAAAACAGUUACCAGUUGCCGAACGAAUCUACUUAGUGGAAGAAUUGAAAGGUAAAGAUAGAAAAGGCCUUCCUCUGUCCACCCUGAUGCAAGCAGUCACCAAUACUCAAGUAAUUGAUGGAUUCAAGGUGAAAUUCACGAAUAACUUGAAACACUCCAUGCAGUUUUUGUCCGUCAUGACUGAUUUCCUGACAAAAAAUUUCGAUGAUAAAAUUAUGAUGAGCUGUCCGAAAGAUGAGUUGCCGCCUUUCGAUAUUAAGGAUGAUGUAGUUCGUUUGAUGACGUUCAAAGACUUUAGCAGAGACUCUGCCAAGAAAAGAAAAUACACGGUGGGCGAGAUGUUCCUGAAGCAUCUGUUACAGCUGAGAGGAAUGUCGGUGGAGAAGGCAAAGGCUGUGGUCGAUGUUUACCCCACACCGACGCACCUUAUGGAGGCCUAUCGAGAUUACAAUGGCUGCGGCCAAUUGAUGCUAGCCAAGCUGAAAAUCGGAGCUUUGGGUCGAUAUCUGGGUCCUGUUUUGAGUACAACUAUCCACGACUUCUAUACGAACAAUCAGUUUGAUUAGUGAUUUAAAUGAAAUAGUUAUUUCACUAACUAGUUAUUUUACUGGGUCGAUCUCUGGGUCCUGUUUUGAGUACAACUAUCCACGAUUUCUAUACGAACAAUCAGUUUGAUUAGUAAUUCGACUGAUAGAUGUCUGUGCUCAAUAUUACUGAGUUAUUUUCAAUGAUUGACCCAUAUUAAAACGUCAUAUCUACUAAAAUAUUUAUUCGAAAUGAACAAUCUAUACCGAUGAAACGAGAAAAUUUGAAAGUUUUUUUAACUAAAAUUAACUAAGGCCCUUCUGUGGGAUACUACUUUUAACAUGAAGAGGAGAAACCCAUUUCUCCUUCCACAGUUUGUAGAAAAGACAAAGACGGUCAUCCUGCGCACAUUUGGAUGCACCGUGUCAUUUCGCUUUACUUUCUUGUGAUGAACACAUCUCCAUAAUCACACAAACCAAUAUACCUGCUGUCAGUAAAACAUUUUUGGAACAAUGCCAGGCGAUAACUGGAGGGGUGUGUUGCGCGACGCAUUAGAAUGGUGCUAGGUAGUGGGAGUGAUUAGUGGAGAAUAGAGCAUCGGACCUCUCCAUCAUCGAGAAAGAGCCGUGUAAAGG